AGGGAACCGUCUGACUAAAAAAAAUUGAUGUACAGCGCUGUGUAAACUUACAGCGCUUUAUAAAUAAGGUUAAUAAUAAUAAUAAUAAUAAUAAUAAUAAUAAUAAUAAUAUCCUAUAGCCUCACCUUUGUGCAGCUCGUAAAAGAAGAUCCACAUAGAGAGAAUGAAUAAUAAAUGGGUGGAUAAUUUAUUAUGGCCUAUUCCUGGCUGGAAUAAAUUACCUUCUUUCUUGUCAAUAUCCCUCCCUAACAACCUUCUGUUUUGCCAAAAUAAACAAAUAGCACCUGUCUACAGUGCUGCAGCUUUUCUAGAGGGAUAGUGGUUUCAAAAGGUUCUUAACAGCAUUAGAAUAUAAAGCCGUUAACAACCUGCAUGAAAACACUAAAGUUUAGGUGCCAAGUUUGAAACAUCUGAAUUAAUGCUGAAAUGUCAACAUUACAACAUGUGGCCACACACUUUUAACGUUACUAGCCUGGAAAGGUUUUGAUACUUGGAGUAAAAUACAGUAACAAUGAGGUGCUUUGUAAUUGCUUGCAUACAAUUACAUUAAGAGUGGCAACUUGUACCUCUCAAUAUGAUUUUGGAUUGCAGCUCUCACAACGGAGGAAUCAUCAUCACUACCUUGAUAGGAUUAACCGUUUAGCAACAACUGAUUACAAAUUGCAGAGGUAUUGUGAUAAUACCAAUAUUGUGCUAGGAGCACUUCUGAAUGUUUGCUGAACUGGAGCCAAAUCAAAAACCUCUCUUGUUCUGCAUACUUUCAGGAUGAUCUAUAUUUAAUCACAGAAAGGUCAACUGUCCAACAACUCUAAAUAUCAUCUUUUAAAAAAGCUAUACACACAAAAUUAACAGAAUGAUAGUUGGAAGCUGAACAGGACUAUGUCUAAACUUUUUGUUGUCUGUUAUCAAGUGACAUGAAAGGGUAAUGUGCCUUCUGAUGGAAAAUAUAUAAAGUUAGUUGCCACUGUGUCUUUGUUGGACAUACUUAUUUCUAUACCCCUAACACUAAUUUGGCAAAAAGCCCCUAUACUGCAACCCUGCCACUGGCAAAGAUUUAUCAUCUGCUUAUCUUGUCUGAAAAUUUAAUAUUUACGUCAUCAUAAGACUGGUUGGGACUUUGCAUCAGGCUGUGAAAGAAAGUCAGAUGUGGGUGAUCACUAGUCCAGUGACUUGAAUCUGAAAGGGUUGCUAUGCCAAGUAGUUUUUGUGGAUUUUUAUUCUGAUGGCUUGAUGACCGGGGGAAACUACUGUCCUGGCUCAUUAAUCUGAGGGGUGAAGAAGAUAGCUUGCUUCUCAGUGAAAGACAUCCUACAACACAAAGAAAGACCAGGUUCUAAGAAAGUCAGACUGAGGAUACAGCAGCCAAUGAUCCUUCACUUUAACACAGAAGGUCCUUCCCUUCUGCUUCAUGACAAAACUCCGUCAUCUUUGGUUUUGCUAUAAAAAAAGAACUGCACUCACAAUAAACAUCAGCCAGGACCUGAUAUGUGCUUUCAUGAAUCUGAAUCUUUAGGAAGGAUGCAGUUUUGCUGUGAAUCCAUCAAUGGUUCCUGCAUAAAGAGCAGCUGGUCAAUUAGCAUUCGAAUUUCUAUGUAUGUCUUCAUGUUAUGUGUGAUCCUGGGUACUGUAGCUGGCAAUUUGACAGUUAUAAUCUCAAUAGCACAUUUCAGGCAGCUUCACACACCUACCAAUUUCCUUAUUCUCUCUAUGGCCACUGCUGACUUCCUCCUGGGAUUUCUCAUCAUGCCUUACAGCAUGGUAAGGUCAGUUGAGAACUGUUGGUACUUUGGAGAGUUCUUCUGCAAAAUCCACACAAGUGUUGACAUCAUGCUGAGCACAUCUUCCAUCUUCCAUCUCUCCUUUAUCUCUAUUGAUCGCUACUAUGCUGUAUGCAAUCCACUUCAAUAUAAAGCAAAGAUCAACACUUGUGUCAUACUAAUCAUGAUCUUCAUAAGUUGGAUGUUACCUGCCAUGUUUGGCUUUGGACUGAUCUUUUUGCAGCUGAACUUGAUAGGAGCCAAAGAAACAUUCUAUAAACUCAUCUAUUGUGUGGGAGGCUGCUUCGUCUUCUUCAAUGAAACCUCUGGGGUGAUUGCCUCCAUGGUUUCUUUUUAUAUUCCUGGACUUGUCAUGUUAUCCAUUUAUGGGAAGAUAUAUGCUAUAGCCAAAAGACAGGCAAGAUCCAUUAAGGUUGCUGUGAGCCAAGCACAGAUAAGAUUUGAAAUGAGGCAUCUUAUUUCCCAUAGCAGAGAAAGAAAAGCUGCAAAGACCUUAGGCAUUGUAGUUGGGGUUUUCCUCAUCUGCUGGUUCCCCUUCUUCUUCUGUACAGCCACAGAUCCCUUUAUGAAUUAUACAACACCACCCAUUGUCAUUGAUGCCAUGGUUUGGCUAGGUUACAUGAAUUCUACAUUUAACCCAAUUGUUUAUGCAUAUUUUUAUUUGUGGUUUCGAAAGGCCUUGAAGAUGAUUUUACUGGGGAAAGUUUUUCAGCAGGACUCAUCCAGAGUUAAAUUAUUUCUGGAGUGAAACACUGCAAACUAAGACUUGCUUCAACUGAUGGUGAAAGUGAAAUAUCAGCUGUGAUGAUACAGCUCUAGAACCAUCUGAGAGAGCAUAAAGCUUUGUUCAUUGGGAUUUUGGAGUUCUCAUUCAGUAAACAAAACCUGUCUUGCUCUGUAUAAAUCUUAAAUCAACCUGUAUAGACACCCAAAGUGACCAGGAUGUGUCAUUUACCAUGUGACAAUUCAAUAUAUUUGUUGAUAAAACAAUGUGUGUCUAGCUAGUUGUCACCUCUGCUAGUUUUUGUUAAUGGGAUAGGCACCAUCCGGUUCUUCAUGCAUCAUGGCCUUCACUUCAGCCAGGGAAAUGUAUUGAUCUUUUAAUAUGUUUCAGUUCCUCUGUAACAGACUUGUUUUUAUGUUCUGUUUAUGUUCAAGAACACAAGGUAAUGCUAACAUAACAUCUGAAGGUGCACUUAAUUCAGAAAUAGUUCCUUCCUGUGGUGUUUGAUUUGACAAAGUUUGCAGUUUCCAAAGGAGUGUUCUGUUUUGAAAAUAUGUAACCCCUUAAGGAAAAUAAAGUUUUUAUAAAGU